AUGCCCCCCAUCAAUGUCCGGAACCAGGCCGAGCUGCAAGCCCAAAGGACCAAGCUCACGAACUCCUACAAUGAGCUCCUGGACGAGUUCUCGUCCUCGGACCUCCGCACCGUCGGGAACUACCAGCUCGGCCGCCUCAUAGGCAAAGGCUCCUUCGGCAAGGUCUACCUGGCCUCUCACAAACUUACGAACGGAUCCAAGGUUGUGCUCAAGUCUGCCAACAAAAAUGACUCCAACCUAGCUCGCGAGAUCCACCACCACCGGCAAUUUCUCCAUCCGCACAUCGCUCGCCUUUACGAGGUCAUCGUGACCGAGACGCUGGUGUGGCUUGUGUUGGAGUACUGUCCAGGCAAGCGCUUCCCGCUGUGA